AUGGCACAGGAAAAACAACUUGUGGAGCUGGUCUCUGCCGUGGAGGCUUGCGUUGCACGAGCGGGCCUCAAGUGGCGUCGUGAAGCGGCCGUGUGGAGUGCCAUAGGCUGCCUGGCCGGCCCGCUGCUUCCGACUUUCCUAGAGAGACGAAUCACAGAGUGCCUGCUGCGGCGGACUCAGGCGUCUGGGCCGCUACCAUGUCGACUAGCGGCCGUCCAGAGUUUGGUGGCUUUCCUGCGGUCUAGCGACAACGGUCGAGAGCGGCUGCUGACAGACGUCACUCGAGAUUUGGCGGAGGCAAGAAGCAGUCGCAGUCGACUCAUGUUUGUGCAGCUCUGCGCACACGUCCAGGAUAGCGAACUGCUGGAAAAGUGGCAGCUGGCGCAACGUCUGAGUCGUCUGGCUGCUGAUGAUCCGGUGGAAAAUGUACGGCGUCAAGCUAGUCGCUGCAUGGAGCAACUGGAACCCGGGUUGAAAGCAGUGCCACAGUCGGCCACCUCGAAGGCACGCUCGGUUGGCACUAGCAGACUAAAGACCAUGGCCCUCAGUGUACUCAAGGGUACUUCAAUGGAGCACCUACCUUCUUCAAAAGUGCCCAUUAGUGCACGGCGUUGGCCACCCGGUCCAACAGAGAAACAAGAAAGCCGCACUUGGCCGCGCCUAAGCAAAGCUAGAGUAGCACAGUCUCCAGGAAGGCCGACUGAAAAAAGCCCGUCACCUAGUCGCAUUCCAGUUCUGGGAUCUGCUUACAGGAACAAGAGACAGUCCAUGGAGCUCGUUGGAAAACCAGUUUCAAACUGAACCAGUAAACUUGUUCAAUGAGUUGUCCGGUGACAGAUUUUGCAGCCAAUUUCAUGGGGCUGCGUUACACUACGCUCAGACUGGUUAAUUGUGACUGAAGUGGACGCAACGGCAAAGACUUUUCUUCUGCACUCCUUCAUGUGUCUUUCUUGAUGUUUUAUAAGACAUGUCAUUGACA